AUGCCUACGCGGGCCAUAAAGGCAAUCUUCUUCGCCCGCUUCCACCAUGAGAAAGGCUCCCGCGUCCUCCACCAGGUCCCCGAAGGGAGCAUAACACCCUCCAGCGACCCUUCGGCCCUCCCCUCCCCGCUCUUCGACUUCGAUUCCGUCUCCACCUACCUAAUCCCCACCCAGCAAUUCUGCGACCGCUUGAUCACGCUCUGCACCAACCACCACCGCAUCCUUGGCUAUCCUGUUUGUGUAAGAGAAGGUAAAUACAGCAGGAACGAAUACAUCUUCAACUUUGCGCUUGUGAUUGACGAGGCGAUCAAGGACUGGGCGGCGUAUGGGGAGGUGGUGCGAAAGAUGGGGAGGUUGUUGCGGGGAUUGGAAGAGCAGGCUGGGUUUCUGAGUAGGGAGGAGGAGAAUAUCUGGCAGGAUGGGCGGAGGACGUCUAUUGCGGGGUUGGGCAUUGACACGGGGGCGCCGAGCAAGAUAUACGCGCUGUGCGAGGUGGUUCUGGAGGAUUUGAACAACUACGCCGAGUGCAUGAUACCCAUCGACGACUCCAACACCAUCAACCUCAAGCUCUUCCCGGCGCACCCCCCACCCCCACCCAUCCACUCCUACCAAGUCCCCCUCCUCACCAUCUCGCUCUCCUCCCUCACCUCGCCCAUCUCCUCGGACCUGACCCUCAACCGCAUAACCCCCUACAUCAACGGCAUCAACUCGGUCAACCAAAUCGCCCACCUCGCCGACACGGACCUCUCCCUCACGAAAAAGGCCCUGCAGCACCUAGCCUACUACGGCUGCCUCGUCCUGCUCGACGUCUUCCACUUCGGCGCCAUCUACGCCCCAACCGCCGACAUCGGCGCCUUCAUCGUCGAGAAGAGCGUCCAGGAGGAAUGCGCACGGUACGUGCGAGUCCCGCGCGCGCGACCGCCCAGCAGUAAUAAGCGUACGCGUCUCCGGCACGACUCGUCAGCCUCAACAUCCACAGUCCCAAGGACAAGGGACUCGGUUUCGUCGAACCUGUCUUCCGAACCUACCCGCUCGGAGUCAAACGCCAGUUCUUCUUCCCACUUAGCGAAAUCCGACUUCGACGUCCCGUCGCCUUCGGCCUCGCGCGCGGGUGAAGAUGUUGAUGAUAACGACAACAACGGAGAAGAGGAGGCGGAUACAAUGCCCAAUCCGCUCUAUCUCAUCACAUUGUACACGUCGCUCCGGCAGGGCCUACCUCUGCGCAACUGGGUGCUCGAGAAUGUGGAUUUGCUGCGGGGGAUCGAUAUCCGGCGGUUCAUCACGUUUGGCAUCGUCAAGGGGUUCUUGUAUCGCGUGCAGCGGUAUGCGAUUCUGACGGGUUCGGUGGGGAGUACGCCCGGCGCUGGUACGCAGGCUUAUGGACAGGGACACGGAAAUGUGGGACCUGAGGAAGGAGCUGGAGGAGGUGGCAAGCAGGUGCAUGACUUAAAGACGGGAAGCGCAGCAGCAGCGAGGAAAGCAUCGACGAUGACGAUGGCUAUGUCUUCGAAUCCGCAUCCGGCUCCCUCGGGCACAAAGACACCCACAACAAUUACAACCACGACAACAGUAACAGCGACAGCGACAGCAACGCCCGCAGGAGCAGCCAUCAGCAGCGGAGGAGGACGCCACAAAUCAAUAUCUUCCCAUUCCCAUUCCCUUGCGCAUACACACACGCAUACCCAUGCACAAGAGGAACCGCACUCCUCGUCGUCUUACGGGAAAGAUGUAUCUGGUUUCGAUACCACUGCGCUUCCCCCUCUUCCUCCUCCAAUUCCUGCUGCUCGUGCCGCACCCCCUUCACCACCAACGGCAGACGACGUGCAGGGUCCGGGACGAUUCCUCCCGCUCAUAAGGUUCCUCGAUGGGAUGCAUUGCUUUGACGAGAUUUGCACCGAGGUUGGGGCCGGGGAGCGCGUGGUGGAGGAGAAGGUGAGGGGGGUUGGGGAGGUGGGGUUUUUUUGGAAGUGA